AUGAAGAUCCAACCUACUGAAACCGAUUUUCCGGCGAGUAGAGACUCAGCUAAACCACUGCUCAAGUCUCGCCUCAAGCGUCUCUUAGAUCGCCCCUUCACAAACGUCCUACGCAGCUCAAACUCAGUCGCCGUCGUCUCCGAGUUCGAGCCGAGCUCCGUCGUGUUAGCGAAGAUGGUCCAAAACUACAUGGAGGAGAGCAGCAACGAGAAGCAAGGAAGAAACGGACGCAAUCGCUGCAAUUGCUUCAACGGAAACAACAACGACGAUAGCUCCGACGACGAUGAAUUCGAUUGCUCCGUCGAGUCUCUCAACGACGCUUAUGAGAAUUUUAAGAGCUUGAUACCAUGCGCGAGCAUCACCGAGAGGAAUCUGUUGGAUGCUGCAGCGAAGAUUCUGGAGAAGAACAAAUCAGUUAAAAGAAAAGAUGAAUUGAGGAAGAUUGUCGUUGAUGGACUCUCAUCGAUCGGUUAUGAUUCAUCGAUCUGUAAAUCGAAAUGGGAGAAAAAUAAAACUCGCUCUAUACCGGCCGGUGAGUAUGAGUACAUAGACGUGAUUAUAAACGGUGAGAGGCUUUUAAUCGAUGUGGAUUUUCGAUCUGAGUUCGAGAUCGCACGGCAGACGAAUGCUUACAAGGCCUUGCUUCAAUCUCUACCGUUCGUUUUCGUGGGGAAGCCUGACAGGAUCAGUCAGAUCGUUACGAUGGUGUCUGAAGCGGCGAAACAGAGCUUGAAGAAGAAAGGUAUGCAUUUUCCACCGUGGAGGAAAGGUGAGUACAUGCGAGCUAAGUGGAUGUCUUCGUACACACGGAACUCCCCGGAGGCGGUGGUUUCUUCUUCCUCCACCGUCGUGGAUGAAGCGGCGGAGAUGGAUCGUAAGGAGAUUGAGCUGAGUUUCGAGGAGAAAUUUUUGGCGUCGGUGAAUUCUUCUUCGUCGACUGUUGAGUCGGUUGCCGGAGGUGGUGACGUGGCGGAGGCGGUGGAGAGAGAAGCUAAGGUCGUCACGGGGUUAGCUUCACUGUUCAAGGAGAAUCCCUAG